AAGGCUUUUAGGGCCGCACGACUUGAAACCAACACUGGCCGCUCUCCAGCCAUGGCUGCUGCUCUGAAAGUUCCUCUCUCAAUCAUAAGGCAACCUUUCGCACUUCGAUCUUGCGCAACAGUAAGAACCAUCACUGGUCUGUCCGCCUUUACCCUCCAAGCACCAUCUUUGUAUUUACUGCGACAAAGAUAUGCACGUCAUUACUCCGCCUCACUUAAUGAAGAAGCAUCAGCCAGACUAGCAGACGACAGUGCAGAAAGUGUAGCUCCGACUAUAUUUGACAAGAUUAUAUCGAAGGAAAUCCCGUCAUCCAUUGUUUAUGAAGACGACAGGGUGUUGGCUUUCCGAGAUAUUGAUCCUCAAGCUCCUGUUCAUGUUCUUGUUAUCCCGAAGAUCCGAGAUGGACUAACCCAACUUGGAAAGGCUGAGAUAAGACAUGCAGAGAUCUUGGGUCACCUUCUCUAUGCUGCGAAGGUAGUGGCUGCGAAGGAAGGCAUAGAGGAUGGUUUCCGAGUUGUUAUUAAUAAUGGUCCUAGUGCAUGUCAGUCUGUAUAUCAUCUUCAUCUGCAUGUGCUCGGUGGGCGACAGAUGAACUGGCCUCCUGGUUAAAUGAGAGAAUGCUGCUUCAUUGUUAAACAAUUUCCUUCUGCUUUCUUCACCCUCUUUAUCCCUCUCUAUCUUGUUAGUGUAGGAGAAGGGCCAUAGUUUUCUUAAGUUUCGGCCGUUACAUAUGAAAGACAACAUAUUCCUAUGCAAUAUUAACAUUAACAA